UGGAGGGCACCAUGGUAUCUCAGUAUAAACAAGGACAGCACACUGAUGCCUCCUGGAACUUCACCAUUGAUGGACAGUACUCCUUCAUCUAUGUUCACUAUAAUCAAAAAAACAAGAAAUGGAAGGUGAUUAACAAUAAUGCCACAGGUGUCCUAGAGAAUUGGGAGAAUAAUGCAGAACUAGCACAAGAUCUAGCCAUGCUCUCCAUUGGAGAUUCCAGAUACUGCCUUGAGGAAUUCUUAAAGCACCAGAAGGAAAUGCCAAGACCAACAUCAAGAACCCCAAACUUUACACAGAUUGCAUCUGCCAUGAACACCACCCAGCUUCCACCUAUCAGGCAGCUUCGUGAUAACAGAGAAUCCAUGGCAGUAGCCAUCCCCAUCAUCCUCUGUGUUGUUGCUAUUGUUGUUGUUAUGGGCAUUUGCAUUUGCAAAUAUUUGAAGAAGAAAAGCCAUCCCCAAAAAGGAGAGAGCUCGAACUACUCAUUUUUCAGUCCAGUUUCCCGAAUUUGGGGAAAUUGCGGGGGUCAGCACACCCCAAGUGCAAUGGGUGAACCUCACCCUGAGAAUACCACGAACAUGAUGGUGAUGUAUCCCCUACUAGGUGCUUCUCCGCAAUGCUCCCUAGAGUCCUCAUCUGGAGUCUGA